AUGAACAUCACCGAUUUGGAAUCGAUUGGACGCAGUAAAUUCGCCUUCUAUCGUAUCAAAUUUACUAUAUUCUUACUAUUACAAAUUUCAUCGAUCAUGGUGACAAUUCUAAUCUUUUUUCACUUGACAAAACAUCGCACUUUUAUCAAAGCUCCGCAAAAACAUGGAUUAUUCAUUUUGCUCAUCAUCAAUUCUGUUCAACUCGUGUUCGAUAUUCCACUCAGCCGUAAUUUCUACGUAUCUGGAUAUGUAAAUCCACCUGUUGCAAGCCAUUGUAUAUGGUGGACAUUCUUUGAAUAUAUUAUCUAUGUAUCAAGUGAAUAUCUCUUAGCUAUCAUAUCUCUUCAACGCCAUAUAUUUAUUUUUCAUCAACAUAUUCUACGAAAACGUUGGAUAUGUCAUUUACUACAUCAUCUGCCACUUUUAUUCUGCAUUAUUUAUCCAACAGUAUUCUACAUAUAUGCGAUUCUUUUGUAUCCAUGUAACAAUACUCAAUGGGAUUUCAGCAGUCGAGUAUGCGGUUUUGCUAAUUGUUAUUUGAUGUAUGGCAGUUUUCUUGGCUCGUUCGAUCUCGUGAUGAACAACGGUGUUCCAGUUGCGAUUGACAUUCUCGCUAAUACAGUUUUGAUUGCACGAGUGUUUCUACAGAAACGUCGUGUGCAACAAUUGAGCAGAUGGCGUCAGCAACGACGCAUGCUAAGACAGUUAUUGUCUGUUUCAGCACUUUAUCUCGUCGGAUGGACACCAUUUCUUCUGGUAUAUAUUAUCAAUGUUCUAGUCGAUCCAGCUUUCCUUAAUUAUGUUCAGCAAAAUUACUUCAGUGAUCUUAUUUAUAUCAUUUAUUUCUUUUUCCCAUGGGUGUGGCUCGGCUUCUUUCCUGAACUGACCCGACGAAUUGUGCGAAAAUGCUGUCGUCAAAGAACAGACAAUGCUAUUGACAACAAUGUGUCUGAAGAACAAUCUUCCCAAUUAUGUAAGAAAAGCGAACUUUCUCACGAUGAAACAGAAGCAUCGAAUGAUCAUCGUUCAAAAAAACACAAAAAAGCUGGUUCACUCGAUGAUAUCGAAUCGGAAACAAUCCGAAAAAAUAAGCUAGGAGAAGUGCAUCGAAAAAUAGAGGAAAUGAAUGCAUUGAUGCGAGACGAUGAAAACGCUGAUAUAGGCAAGAUUACAGGAGUUUUGGAAAAUUUACGGAAAAUUAUCAGUGAAUACCAAGAAACUUUAAAAAUCAAAGUCCGUGAGAUCGAACAAUGCAAAAAGCCGUUAAGUACAGAAUAUAUGACUUUAAUCGAAAAGAUAACACAAUUGCUUCGACAUGAAUACGCUGAUCAAUCAGUGGAAAGAAUCGAUAAAUUAUCAGCUGAUGUCGAACUAUUUAAACAACAAAUAGUCACAUUGAAAACAGCGAAUAAAUUCUUGAGGGUGUGGGUGUGGAGAAGGCUAUGA